AAAAAAAUUGUCAAGUGGUGUUGAUUUCUAAUUUUUUUUUGUUUUUUAAGGUGUUUAUAAACAAUAAAAAAUAAGUAAGGUGUUAAAUUACAAAAACUAGUUUUUUUAAGGUGUUAAAUGACAAAAAAUCCUACUUAGUAAUACUCCGUAUAUUUUUGCCCAGCGAGUAUGUAUAUUACAAUUAUACCAGAUGUUAUACUUUCUAGUCAAAUAGUUACACAUAAUAAAUAAAUAUAUUGGACUAUUUUUUAUGUUGACUCAGUACGUAUGUAUUUAAAACAAAACACAUGCCAUUUUAGCCAACCGAUAAGGUCCAUUUAAUUAAAGAGACACCAGCCCUUACGGUUAAGAUUAUUCCCGUUAAUCUAGACCCGAGAUUGUUUUAAGAAAAUUGAUUAAAGUGAAUUUUUAAAUCAAAAUUUCCUUUUAAUUUUCGAAAAGGGCCCAAUUUUCGAGUUCGCACAGGGCCCCCAUUUCCUUUGCCACGCCCCUGCGGUCUACUGAAGUGUACCAGAAGAAACAAAACCGAGCAAAAAGUUCUACAGCAAGGUUGAGAGAAAUUGACACAGUAAUGAGGUUGUUAACCCACAACAUGCUAUCCUCCACCAUCAAGGGUGUUUCCAACGGCUUUCCGUUAACAAUUGAGGCGGCGAAAGUGGUGGAGAAACAGGUGGACAUGAACUCCGAUUUUCUCAAGAACAUCUUCAGCAAGAUCGAAUGGAAGCCCUUUGUUGAAGCUGCUAAAACCUUGGGAUUCUCCGAAUUACCUGAAGAAGAUGUUCAACCUAGUUUACUCGAUUCCCAUGAAUUUCUUACCAAGUUUCACCAUGCUCUCCUUGAGAUUCACCUCGAAGAAGGCGCCCUUGUUUGCCCUGAAACUGGGCGCAAAUUCCCUGUUAAUAAGGGUAUUCCUAAUAUGCUUCUUCUUGAAGAUGAAGUAUGAUUUUGUUAGAGCUUGAAAUUAUGGAUUGUAAUUCUUAGUUUUUGUAUUUUGAUUUGAUUUGAUUGGAAAAGGAUGCAUAUUAGGUGUUCGACAAAAUGUUUCAAUGAAAGGUGUUAUUUUGAUCUAA